GUGGUGUUGGAAUAAUUGCUGGCGUAGGGCAGUCACGAUCGUGGGCUUGGCACGCGCCUCAGCAUCCGAGUGGAAGGAAGCGACCCAUAUUUUUGCCAAGAAUUCGCUCCAACUCACACAUCGAAAAUUGAUCCUCGUCGAAGCCGCGAACCGCAGGGCACUUUCAACCUUCAAUCGUCAACAUCGAAAUACUCAUCUGCACACCGAAGUGCUAAGUUGCAAUCAUGGGUAUCUCACGAGACAGCCGUCACAAGCGGUCGGCAACUGGUGCGAAGCGUGCAUACUACCGCAAGAAGAGAGCGUUCGAGAAGGGUCGUCAACCAGCCAACACCCGUAUCGGCAACAAGAGAAUUCACCUUGUCCGCACUCGAGGCGGUAACACCAAGUACCGAGCCCUGCGCCUUGAGAGCGGUAACUUCAGCUGGGGAAGUGAGGGAAUCGCCCGCAAAGUCCGUGUCAUUGUCGUCGCCUACCACCCUUCCAACAACGAACUCGUCCGUACCAACACCCUGACCAAAUCGGCCGUCGUGCAAAUCGAUGCCGCUCCUUUCCGACAAUGGUAUGAAGCUCACUACGGUACCGCCCUUGGCCGAAGACGACAAGGCCAGAAGGCCGAGACCGAGGACAAGAAGGUCAGCAAGAGCGUGCAGGCCAAGCGAGAGGAGCGAUUGAAGAAGUCCGGCAAGGUUGAGGCUCCCUUGGAGAGACAAUUUGAGGCCGGUCGAUUGUACGCUGUCAUCAGCUCAAGACCCGGUCAGAGCGGUCGCUGCGACGGCUACGUCCUUGAGGGUGAUGAGCUGGCAUUCUACCAGAGAAACAUGAGGAAGUAGAUGCAGAUGGAAGAUGGAUUGCUCCUGACGAUUACCAACUGCUGGGGAUGGAGUGUGUCAAAUGCAGAGGUUCGGUGUGGCAGAUUCUGCGCAAGCAUCCAAAUGGUGUGUCUUUGGAGCAUUGCAGACAGGCUGCUGGUCGACCUCUUACCAAUGCUAGUCUUUGCUGAAGACUCGUUGCCGUGGGCAUGUCGAAAAGGCGCAAAAUGAGUCAGUCCAUGUGGGCAAAGCCUACAGAAUUAGGCGAACCUACAGGGCUAGAGAAAUUUCAAUCAACAAUGUGAUAUUCAAGCUGUUCAUGCUAU